GGUAGAUAGUACUUGUAACGUGGAAACGUGAGAGCACGAACAAGUUUUAUUGGUUAAAUUGAGCAAUCCGAGUUUCCCGCGAAACAGAAGAAAAGAAACAUUUUGUUGCCAAAAUUACCUGAGCCAUUAGAGGAGACACAACAACAAACAGAUUGUUUUCUUCUUCAUUCUUCGUCGCACACAGGCUUAAUUUUUAGGAAUUGCAGGAGGAGAAUUUGGUCGUUAAUUUUUAACAAAAAAUCAAGAGGGUGAAUUUUACGUGGGAUUUUGACAUUGGUGCACCAAAAACUUGAAAUAUGUUCUGCUGUCAAGAUGCAGAGGAAGAGCAACAAGGCCCCCCUGCCAGCCAAAACACAGCCCCACCUAAAGGCAAUCCACAUGCUGCUGGUGGGCAGAGAGGAGAGCCAAGGAGUUCCAAUAUGGUGAAAACUGGAGCUCCUCAAAAGGUUUUGCCUAUUGAAGUUCCAUCUGUUCCUUUGGAUGAGUUAAAUAGGCUGACUAGCAACUUUGGUUCAAAGGCCUUGAUUGGUGAAGGAUCUUAUGGCCGAGUAUUCUAUGCCAAGUUAGAAACUGGCCCUGCAGCAAUAAAGAAGCUAGACACCGGUUCCUCGGAAGAAUCGGAUUCAGAUUUUGCAGCACAAUUGUCAGUAGUUUCAAGGCUUAAACAUGAGCAUUUUUUGGAGUUGUUGGGGUAUUGUACGGAGGCGAAUAACCGCAUUUUGGUAUAUGAAUACGCAACAAUGGGGUCUUUACAUGAUGUAUUACAUGGGAGAAAGGGUGUACAAGGUGCCGAACCUGGUCCAGUUCUAAGCUGGAACCAGAGAGUUAAAGUUGCAUUUGGUGCAGCAAAAGGCCUAGAGUAUUUGCACGAAAGGAUUCAACCUCCCAUAGUUCAUCGUGAUGUUAGAUCAAGCAAUGUCUUACUUUUUGAUGAUUUUAAGUCUAAAAUCGCUGAUUUUAACCUGACAAAUCAGUCAUCCGACACUGCAGCUCGACUGCAUUCUACUAGAGUUUUAGGCACCUUUGGUUACCAUGCUCCUGAGUAUGCCAUGACAGGACAGAUAACGCAAAAAAGUGAUGUUUAUAGUUUCGGAGUGGUUCUCUUAGAACUAUUGACUGGAAGAAAGCCAGUAGAUCAUACCAUGCCAAAAGGACAACAAAGUCUUGUUACUUGGGCUACUCCAAGAUUGAGUGAAGACAAGGUGAAGCAAUGUGUUGAUCCUAAGCUAAAUAGUGAUUACCCACCAAAGGCGAUUGCCAAGCUUGCAGCAGUUGCAGCACUUUGUGUUCAAUAUGAAGCAGAUUUUAGACCAAACAUGACAAUUGUUGUGAAAGCUCUUCAGCCUCUUCUUAACUCAAAACCAGCAGGACCAUAGACUUGUUCCUAUUUUACUCAUGUAAUCAGUCAGUAACUUUCCUCAGGUUUUGCAAUCCAAAUUCAAAUUAUUUCUGCAGUCACUUGUAAUCCAGCUCCAGGCCUUGUGAUCCUUCUUCUAAUGUUAUUAUUAGACAAGGACUAAUUCUUGCUUUGAUGUUUUUUUUUUUUGGCAAUAUUUAUACUUGUCACUUCAUAA